AUUUACACCUGGACAAACAUUAAAAUUUAGCCCAUGUUUUUGAAACCAAAUCAUUUCUCCGGCCGGAGAGAGGAACAGAGUCCAUGCGAUGUUUUCACGGAUACCUGGAUUUUUGUGCGUCGCUGCGGUACUCAUCUCCUCAUCAUGGCGCGCAACUCAAGAUGUAAACUGCGAGAAUUUACCGGAGGACAGUUCCCUUUCACGGCGAGCUGCAGCGGCUUCGGAUUACUGGUCGAUGGCCUCCCUGGCCACCCUGGCGCAAGGCACCUUGCCGGGGAUCACCAAUUCGAUGACGUCAGCAACGGAGAUUGCCAACGCCAUGUACAACAACCCAGAGUUGCAGACCUUGUUCAAGGAAAUGCCGAAUCUGAUGGACGAGCUCCGGAAUUUGGACAAGGAGCAGAUAUCCAACUUGAUGUUCCUUUUCCAGCUCUAUAAGUCUAUUCCGCCGCCUCUGGUCAAGUUCUUCCACAGCGUCAUCUCGAAGAUCAAGUCGAUCGCACCCAUGGUUCACGACUUGGCCAAGUUCAACAUCGCCGGCGAACUCACCACCUACGUCCAGUCGGUCACCAAUCCGGUCAAUAAUUGGUUCUCGACCAUCGCCAAAUACAUCCCGAAAAAUUACCGAAGAGCUCUUCAGGCUCCGGCUUGGGGGACGGUAGCGAACACUGUGGGGGGAAUCCUGAUGAAGAAUAUAGGGGUCCCGCCGCCCCUGAUACCACUCAACUUACUGCAACAAGGUUUGACGCAGCUCGCGACAUCGUAUAUGAAUCAGAAUUUGCAUAUGCCUACAUUGCCGCACUUGCCGAAAUUACCUGGAGGAAGGAUUGAAUGGGUACCUCUCAAAUCAGUUCUUUCACCAAGAAGACACAAAAAACCCAAGCCGAAACCUAAGCCGAAACCCAAGCCAAAACCUAAGCCUCCCUCGCCUCCACCACCGCCCUCUCCACCUUCUCCUCCAGAACGCAGAUAAAGUCUUCUGGACAACAACCCUCCGUUGCGAAAAGAUAACUUUGGCCUGUUCCUAAAUAUUUGUUCAAGUCAAAUAAAGCCUGAGAAAUUGGUUUCUUAUACUGGA